AUGAGCGUCGCGCUCCAGGAGAUGGGCGGCGUCGGCAACAUGGUGGAGUACAAACGCGCCACGCUGCGGGAUGAAGACGCACCCGAGACCCCCGUAGAGGGCGGGGCCUCCCCGGACGCCGUGGAGGUGGGCAAGGGGGUCAUCCCUGUCUCACCAGGCCCCCGCCCUGGCAUGACGGCCGGCACACCCGGGAGCUCUGGGUUGCCCUGGAGGGUCACCUGCCCCCACCUCCGCUCCAUCUCUGGCCUCUGCGCUAGGACUAUGGUGGGAUUCCGGAAGAGGACAAGGCACCUCUUGGGCUCGCACACCCAGCUGGAGCUGGUCUUGGCUGGUGUCUCUCUACUGCUGGCUGCACUGCUUCUGGGUUGCUUGGUGGCCCUGUGGGUCCAGUACCACAGAGACCCAUCCCACAGCACUUGCCUCACAGAGGCCUGCAUUCGAGUGGCCGGAAAAAUCCUGGAGUCCCUGGACCGUGGGGUGAGCCCCUGUGAGGACUUUUACCAGUUCUCCUGCGGAGGCUGGAUUCGGAGAAACCCUCUGCCUGAUGGGCGUUCUCGCUGGAACACCUUCAACAGCCUCUGGGACCAGAACCAGGCCAUACUGAAGCACCUGCUCGAAAACACCACCUUCAACUCCAGCAGUGAAGCCGAGCGGAAGACACAGCGCUUCUACCUCUCCUGCCUACAGGUGGAGCACAUUGAAGAGCUGGGAGCCCAGCCGCUGCGAGACCUCAUUGACAAGAUUGGUGGUUGGAACGUUACGGGGCCCUGGGACCAGGACAACUUCAUGGAGGUGCUGAAGGCAGUAGCAGGGACCUACAGGGCCACCCCCUUCUUCACUGUCUACAUCAGUGCCGACUCUAAGAGUUCCAACAGCAAUGUUAUCCAGGUGGACCAGUCUGGGCUCUUUCUACCCUCUCGAGAUUACUACCUAAACAGGACUGCCAAUGAGAAAGUGCUUACCGCCUACCUGGACUACAUGGAGGAGCUGGGUAUGCUGCUGGGAGGACAUCCAGCCUCCACGCGGGAGCAGAUGCAGCAGGUGCUGGAGCUGGAGAUACAACUGGCCAACAUCACGGUGCCCCAGGACCAGCGGCGGGAUGAGGAGAGGAUCUACCACAAGAUGAGCAUCGCAGAGCUGCAGGCCCUGGCGCCCUCCAUGGACUGGCUGGAGUUCUUGUCCUUCUUGCUGUCACCGCUGGAGCUGGGUGAUUCUGAGCCUGUGGUGGUGUAUGGGAUGGAUUAUUUGCAGCAGGUGUCAGAGCUCAUCAACCGCACAGAGCCAAGUGUCCUGAACAAUUACCUGAUCUGGAACCUGGUACAGAAGACAACAUCAAGCCUGGAUCGCCGCUUUGAGUCUGCACAAGAGAAGCUGCUGGAGACCCUCUAUGGCACCAAGAAGUCCUGCACUCCAAGGUGGCAGACCUGCAUCUCCAACACGGACGACGCUCUUGGCUUCGCUCUGGGCUCCCUCUUUGUGAAGGCCACGUUUGACCGGCAGAGUAAGGAAAUUGCAGAGGGGAUGAUCAGCGAGAUCCGGACUGCCUUUGAGGAGGCCCUGGGACAGCUGGUUUGGAUGGAUGAGAAGACCCGCCAGGCAGCCAAGGAGAAAGCAGAUGCCAUCUAUGAUAUGAUUGGUUUCCCAGACUUCAUCCUGGAGCCCAAAGAGCUGGAUGAUGUUUAUGAUGGGUAUGAAGUGUCUGAAGAUUCCUUCUUCCAGAACAUGUUGAAUUUGUACAACUUCUCUGCUAAGGUGAUGGCUGACCAGCUCCGCAAGCCUCCCAGCCGGGACCAGUGGAGUAUGACCCCCCAGACAGUGAAUGCCUACUACCUUCCAACCAAGAAUGAAAUCGUCUUCCCCGCCGGCAUCCUGCAGGCCCCCUUCUACGCCCGCAACCACCCCAAGGCCCUGAACUUUGGUGGCAUCGGCGUGGUGAUGGGCCACGAGUUGACACAUGCCUUUGAUGACCAAGGGCGCGAGUAUGACAAGGAAGGGAACCUGCGGCCAUGGUGGCAGAAUGAGUCGCUGGCAGCCUUCCGGAAUCACACGGCCUGCAUGGAGGAGCAGUAUAGCCAGUACCAGGUCAACGGGGAGAAGCUCAACGGCCGCCAGACGCUGGGGGAGAACAUCGCUGACAACGGAGGGCUUAAGGCUGCCUACAACGCUUACAAAGCAUGGCUAAGAAAGCAUGGGGAGGAGCAGCAGCUACCAGCCGUGGGGCUCACCAACCACCAGCUCUUCUUUGUGGGAUUUGCCCAGGUGUGGUGCUCGGUCCGCACACCCGAGAGCUCUCACGAGGGGCUGGUGACGGACCCCCACAGCCCUGCCCGCUUCCGCGUGCUGGGCACGCUCGCCAACUCCCGUGACUUCCUGCGGCACUUCGGCUGCCCUGUCGGCUCCCCCAUGAACUCAGGGCAGCUUUGUGAGGUGUGGUAG